AUGGAUCAGCUGGUGGAUGCGACGGCUAGGCAUGAAUUACUUAGCUUCAUGGAUGCCUACUCCGGGUACAACCAGAUUCUUAUGAACCCAGGUGAUGAAGAGCAUACGUCAUUCAUAACGGAUAGAGGACUCUACUGCUACAAGGUGAUGCCCUUCGGGUUAAAGAACGCAGAGUGUGAAGAAGCGUUUAUCAAGCUGAAUGAGAAUUUGGGGAAGCCACCCCUGUUGGCAAAACCUGAAAGGGGUGAAAGCCUAUACUUGUACCUGGCAGUGUCCGAACAUGCCGUAAGCGCGACUUUGGUUAAAGGGGAGAAGAAGCAUCAACGACCCGUUUACUAUAUCAGCAAGCGGCUGGCGGACGCAGAGAGUCGAUACCCUGAGAAGGAGAAGUUGGCAUAUGCAUUGGUGGUGGCUUCAAGGAAGUUGAGACCCUACUUCCAUGCCCAUGCAAUCGAAGUUCUCACUAAUAGUCCCCUGAGACAGGUCCUGCAUAAGCCUGAUACCUCGAGAAGACUUAUGAAAUGGUCGAUCGAGUUGAGUCAAUUCGAUAUCAUUUAUACCCCGAGAGCUUCCAUCAAUGGACAAGUACUCGCUGACUUCAUAGUGGAGUUCACUAGUCAGCCGAGUGGAGGAAGAAGUGAAGAAGAGGGGCAGUCGGUUGUAGAAGGGGAGACAAGGAAUGUUGAGGGAUGGAGCCUGCACAUGGAUGGGGCAUCCAACGAAGGAGGAUCUGGAGCAGGCCUCGUGAUGACUGGACCCGAAGGACUCAGGAUGUACUGCACAAUACGGUUUGGAUUCGAAGCCUCGAACAAUGAGGUAGAAUAUGAAGCGCUUCUGGCAGGACUGCGAUUGGCCCAGGGGCUGAAGGUAACACAUCUACACAUCUUUAGUGAUUCACAGUUGGUGGUAUUCCAGGUGAAAGGGGAGUACCAAGCGAGGGGACCCAAGAUGGCUGCAUACUUGGAAAGGGUAAGAAGCUAUUUGGAGCAAUUGGUGGAAUAUAGCAUAGAGCAGAUCCUGAGAGAGAAGAAUAUCCAUGCUGAUGCCCUCGCGAAGCUGGCUUCCACUAGAGAUGGAGAUACCCUCGAAUCAGUGCCCAUAGAAUACUUACCAAGGCCAAGCAUUGCCAAUCCAGACGUUCACAUGGUCAAUGCCCCGAAGGAGUCGUGGGUCAGCCCGAUUAUAGACUAUCUGAAGGAUGGAGUGGUGCCAACAGACAAGAGGGAGGCUAGGAGACUAGUUUACAAGGCAGCCCGAUACACCUUGGUGGAUGGGGUCCUAUACAAGAGGGGGUUUUUUGUGCCGCUCUUGCGGUGUGUUGAUGAGGAAGAAGCUAUGAAGGUGCUGUAUGAAAUACAUGAGGGUGAAUGUGGCAACCAUGCAAGUGGACCGUCCACGGCUCGGAAAGCCAUGAGGCAAGGGUAUUACUGGCCUUCCAUGGAGAGAGAUGCUAAUGAUUUCUCAAGGAAAUGUGACAAAUGCCAAAGGUUCGGAGUGCCCUACAAGAUUAUUUCUGACAACGACACUCAAUUUGAAGGGGGAACGUUUGAGGAAUACUGUAGGGAAAGGGGCAUAAGGAGGAGCUUCUCGGCCGUCGUGCAUCCACAGGCCAUUGGGUAG